CCUCUUGCUUUUGCGCCGUGAAGCUUCUUUGAACAGUUAUUAUAUUUGCUUGGAUUGAAUUGAAUGGAAUUGAUUGUUUACCAUGAAUCUGGAAGGCAUUUCGAUGGUAAUAAAGCUGUUCGAAGACAACGUGCACAAGCUUCAAGGGAACCUACGCUCCUACCAAACCCAAGUGCAGCAAAUUCAAACGGAGCUCACAAAAAGAUGGACGCAUGCAGAUCGGCUGGACAGGAGUCUCAUCCCACUGCACGAUCACUUGGUGGGCAGUCUCAGCGAAGUUAAUGCUCAUGUGAUGAAGCUGAAUCUGCAACUACAACUCAACCGACAGUCUGCACAGAUGACAGAAGAUGAAAAUUCCGUGGAAUCCAUCGAUAAUCAGGAUUCGUCGAUUCACUCUGGCUUGCAAGCGAACGAAAGGAUGGCUAAAAAGUAUUGUAAUUCUAUGGAGCCGGCCUCCUUGGAAUCCUGCACUGAAGAGUCUUCGGUGGAGAUGCCCGUUGAUCUGUCUGUACGCGUGGUUGUGCAGGAAGCCUCUUCGACAAAACAGCUCGACGAGAUUUCGGUGGUCAAUGAAACACUGCUGCCUUUAGAAGUUUCCGACGAUAAAUGCAAUAACAGGGAAUCACAUGUAGACGAGAUCGGUGUGACCGUGAAGCCUUUCCACGAGGAGCGUAAAGCACGUAUUCGCCAGCCUUCACUAGCUUAUUCCCAAAAUUGUGGCCAGUCUAUCGAGAGUGAACUCUCCCAACUACAAAUAGAAAAAAUCCCAGUGGCCUCCAUGACUAUCCCGGAAACAUCAAAGACUAACAGUCCAGUGCCCCCUUGCAACCAGUCUCUUCCGGUUGUGAAACAAGAAACUCAAACAAUAAAAAAAGGUGUCUGUAACAAAAUCUCCAAGAACUCCUCUAACUUACCCACCAGCUGGCUGCUUGACGAUGCUACUCUGGAACCUACUUCAACUACCGAAAAAAGUCCCCAACUACCAAAGACCACAAGGAACCGAUCCCUACUGCCACCCACAGGUGGCACUGAAACAACCAGCUUUGGAAUCUAUUAUCAAAUCUUAAAAAACAUGAAUGCAUUUCCAGCGAAUACUAUCGUUUCUGCCGUCUUGGUACACGUGAACUUGGAGGAUAAUUGCGUCUAUGUGGCAAAAUGGGGUACCAGUUCUAAGAGGAUUCAGCAGCUGCUCCAGAAACAACUGUCACUGCAGGAGUUGGAACAGCUGCCCGACUACGGAGACAUUUUUGCAGUUCACGACGGCAUCAACAAUAUUAUAACACGCAUCACCAUUAACUCCAGUUCUGUGUGCGGAGGAUAUGAUGGUUACCUUAUCGACUAUGGUGAGCACAUUCACUUGGACGGCAACGAAACAAUAUACAAACUGCCGGAAGACAUCAAACGGUUGCCGGCGGAGGCCAUUAGAUGCGAUUUAACCAACUGUGAUAUCGCCAACAUGAGUCGUUUUCUCUACCAGUUUAUUAAAAUUCGGGUGCAUCAAAACAAUGGCACUAUACUCUUGGUGGAACCGGUCAAUGACGGAAUAAGCAGACCUACAGAUACACCCGGCACUAAAUAUCCUGCUGGAGUAACCGAGGAGGACAUGGCCAUGCUCAACGAAAUCGGUGAGAGCACCAGUGAUCCUCUGAAGGCAGUUCUGGGCUUUCAUCCCAAGGACGAGCAACGCAUUUGCCGGCACUACGAUCCCAAGCUAAACGGCUGCUUUAAGGGUAACAGUUGUCGUUUGGCUCACGAGCCCUUUGCUCCAGAUGGCGCCACCAAGGAUGUGGAGGUAGCUGGAGCUCUUCCAGAAACUACUUUUGAUACUCCAGGGCCUCAUAAAGUGGGCAGCACUGUCAACAUCUUGAUCACCUUCAUUAAUGGUCCCACCGAGGUUUAUGCCCAGUUUUUGGACGGAUCUCCGCCGUUGGUGUGGGACAAAAAGGAAGUGCCAGAGAGCAAACGGAUCUUCAAGUCCAAGCCGCGUCUUCUGGACAUUGUACUUGCUCUCUACAGUGAUGGUUGCUUCUAUCGCGCCCAGAUAAUCGAUGAAUUCGAAACUGAGUACAAGAUCUUCUAUGUGGAUUACGGCAACACGGAGUUCGUGCCCCUGAGAUGCUUGGCUCCAUGUGAAUAUGUGGACAGCUUGAAGCCGCACCGCAGCGUUAGUUGUCACAUGGAGGGAGUCGUCAGGUCAACAUAUCUGACACAGCAAAAGACAAUCGAAUGCAUCGAAUACCUUAAGAGUAAGCUACUAAACACUGAGAUGAAUGUAUUGCUGGUAGGGCGACUACCGGAUGGCUUCCUGAUUCGCUUCCUGGGCGAGUGGGCAGAUGUGCCGCAACAGCUGGUGAAACGUGACUACGCUCAGCUUAGCAGUUCAACUCGGCGUGUCUCCAUCGAUAAUGUUAAAGAUUAAUUAACAUAACAAUGGUUAAUUUGAAUGCAAUCAGUAGGGAAUUCAAAUCUUUUUUUUUUUUUGUUAAAAUUUAUAACGACUGCAUAAACAUCGCUUAUACACAUUUUUUUUGAAAAAUACUCAUUUUUUGUUGAACAUCUAUCUGAAUCGAUAUUUUAAGUUACCAACAAUAGUAGUUCUUAAGUUAUUUGUUCAUUUCUGACCAUGUAAUAAUUUGACCACCCACAUUAACAUGACAUUGUUUAUAUUUCUUAAGAAGUACUCUUACUGAUUUUGAAUUAGCACUACUUCGCAGCGAACCAAAUAAACUGGCUAUGUUCCAACAUGUUAUCCACA